GAGGAAGGCGCCCUAAAAUUUGAAAUAGGAAAGUUGGCGGGGCUGCGGGAGCUGGGUCUGGAGACCUGCUGUUGGCUUGAAUUGUUUCUGGUCUUGUGUGGGUUGGCGACGGGGCUCAGGUCUCCUGGAAAAGCAUUCUCUUACAAGAUGAUAGAGGACGAACUGGCACUAUUUGAUAAAAGCAUAAAUGAAUUUUGGAAUAAAUUCAAAAGCACUGUCAGUGACACGUCCUGUCAAAUGAUGGGACUAAGAGAUACCUACAAAGACUCCAUCAAAGCACUUACAGAAAAGCUGUCUGUGAAAUUAAAGGAAGAAGAAAGAAUGGUUGAGAUGUUUCUGGAAUAUCAAAAUCAGAUCUGUAGGCGGAAUAAGCUCAUUCAAGAAAAAAAAGACAGCUUGUUAAGAUUGAUUGCUGAAAUAAAAGACAAAAAUGAGAAACUAGAAGUAUUGACUGCAAAUAUUCAGGAUCUUAAGGAAGAAUAUGCUAGGAAGAAGGAAACUAUUUCUGCUGCUAACAAAGCUAAUGAAGAGAAGUUGAAAAGGCUACAGAAAUCUGCAGACUUGUAUAAAGAUCGACUUGGACUAGAAAUUAGAAAAAUUUAUGGUGAUAAGUUGCAGUUUAUAUUUACUAAUAUUGACCCUAAGCAUCCUGAGAACCCUUUUAUGUUUUCCCUCCACCUAAAUGAAGCAAGGGAAUAUGAGGUGUCAGAUAGUGCUCCUCAUCUUGAGUGCCUAGCAGAAUUUCAAGAGAAAGUAAGGAAGACCAACAAUUUCUCGGCUUUUCUUGCCAAUGUCCGGAAAGCUUUUACUGCUAUGGUUUAUAAUUAAUAUAUGAAUAGUAUAUAAACACUUUAUUUUUCUUCCCUAUUGUGUAUCUCUUUUAAAAGAAUUCUCAUUAUCCACUGUUUGCUUGUAAUUCUUUUGUAUUUUUGUAACAUUUCUGUGUGGUUUAUUUCUUUAAAUUAUUUUAACUAAAAUCUUAAAUAAAAUUUAUAAAGUCAAAUGUGUUCUUUUUAAGAUGAAAGAUAGUAUACUAUGAUAAAUGUGUGGGGAUAUAUAUAUAUAUAUAUAUAUGUAUUAGGAAGAGAGUUUCAGAGCACUUCCCCUCAGUUGCCUCUUAUGCCUAGGACUUGGCUCAGAGCUCUGCUUACCAUCAUAUAGCAGUAGAAUUUAUCUGAGAAGAAUGCUAUGGGUUGGUAGGAAUGUUAUCACUGGCCCAUCCCAGUGUGCAAGCCAGCUUUUAGGAACCAUUGAUUGGGAUUUUUCUGCAGAGAUAAAAAGCUAAUAAACUGCCCUAGAGAUUGGAGUGUGUGCUACUAACAAAGACUUUUUUUUUCAACAUUUUAUUUUUUUAAUAUCAAAUAUUUAAUAUAUAUUAAACAACAUACUAAUAUACAAGCAGUAGGCCAAAUAAGGAAUCAAACGGCAAAUCAAAAUAUGUGAAAACAAAAGAAAAAGAAAACACAAUAUUCUAAAACCUAUGGGAUGCAGCAAAAGCAGAUUUUAGGGUGAAAUUUAUGCCAUAAAUGGUAGUACUAAGAAAAAUGGUUUAAAUAAUAUUGCACCCCAAGAAACUAAAAAAAGAAGGUUAGCCAAUAUUUAGUAGAGGAAGCAAAUAAAAAUUGGAAAUAAACUAGAGACCAGAAUAAACAAUAACAUAACAUUGAAAGUAAUGACCAGAUUUCUAAAAAAAAAAAUGAACAAAAUUGGCAAUACAUAGUGUGAUAACAGAUUACUAUAAACCAUCACUAACAAAUCAAUUUCUAAAACUUAGGGGAAAAGCCCAGGUAAUUCCAAAAAAUGCACAAGUUACUGAAAUUGAAUCAUGAAUCUUGAAUCCAGGAAACAGGAAAUCUUAGAUCAAGAAUAAGAAUGAAAGCUGAAUUAGGAAUCAAAAAUCUCCCAUCACAGAAAAGCCUAAGACUACAUGGUUUCAUUGGUGAAUUCUACCAAACAUUUAAAUGAAUAAUUAAUGACAACUUGUAUCAAAAUCUUACAAAUACUGGAAUAGAGGGAACACAUUCAAAUCAUUCUAUGAAGCCAGUAUUACCCUAACACUAAAGCAGGAUAAAAACAAUAUGAGAACAGAAAAGUAUUUGUCCGAUAUAAGUACUGCUACUCUGGCUUGCUUUUGACAUCUAUUUGCAUGAUAAAUAUUUCCCCACCCCCUCACUUUCAACCUGCAGAUGUCUUAAGGUUCAUAAUGAGUCUCUUGUAGGUAGCAUAUAGAUGGGUCUUGUUUUUUUAUCCUUUCUGGCACCCUAUGUCUUUUGAUUGGGACCAUUUAGUACAUUUAUAUUCAAAGUAAUUAUUGGCAUGUGUUUAUAGCCAUUUUAUUACUUGUUUUUUCAUUGUUUCUGGAGAUUUUCUCUGAUCUUGUCUGUCACUUUUGGUCUCUCCUUUGCACUCAAGGAGUCCUCUUUACUAUUUAUUGCAGAUCUGGUUUAGUGGUCACGAACUCCUUCAGUUUUUGUUUGUCUGGGACACUCUUUAUCUCUCCUUCUAUUCUGAAUGAUAGCCUUGCUGAAUAGAGUAUUCUUGGCUGCAGUUUUUUCCCAUUUAGCACUUUGAAUAUAUCAUGCCACUCCCUACUGGCUUGCCAAGUCUCUGUUGAGAAAUCUCUAGCUAGCCUUAUGGAUUUUCCCUUGUGAAUUAAGGACUUCUCUUGUCUUGCUGCUUUUAAGACUUCUUUCUUUAUCAUUAUAUUUUGCAGAUUUAAUUAGAAUAUGCCCAGGUGUUGGCCUGCUUUUGUUGAUUUUGUUGGGAGUUCUCUGUGCCUCUUGAAUAUGGAUUUCUCCUUCCUUGCCCAGAUGAGGGAGAUUUUCUGCUUCCCUUCCUUUCCCUUCCCUUCCCUUCCUUCUUUUCUCUUUUUUUCUUUUCUAUGCUUUUCCCUUCUUUUCUAUUCUUUUCUUUUCAGAGAGAAAGAGCAUGAGAGUCAGGGAGAGGGACAGAGGGAGGGAGGGAGAGAGAGAGAGAAUCCUAAGCAGGUUCCAUGCUCAGUGCAGAGCCCAACACCGAGCUCAAUCCCAUGAACCUUGGAUCAUGACCCAAGCUGAAAUCAAGAGUUGGACACUCAACCUACUGAGCCACCCAAGCACCCCUCUGCUGUUAUUUCUUGAAAUAAAUUUCUGCUAACUUUUCUCUCCUUCUUCUUCUGGGACUCCUAUAAGUGUUACUACAUUUCAUGGAGUCACUGAGUUCUCUAUUUUCAUGCCACAUAGUUCUUCUUUCUCUCUUUUGUUCAGCUUACUUUCCAUUAUUUUGUCUUCUAAGUCACUAAUUUAUUCCUCUGCUUCUUCCAACUUACUCUUCAUUGCACCAAGCCUAUUUUCAAUCUCAUUUAUUGCAGUCUUCAUUCUGAUUUUUUUUUAACUUAUCUCUGUGGUAAGGGUCUCCCUGAUGUCUUCUAUUCUCUUCUCAAGCCCAGUGAGGAUCCUUAUGAUUGUUGUUUUAAAUUCUCCAUCAGGCAUGUUACUUAUAUCUGCUUAUCUUAGGCCUUUGGCCAUGGUCUUAUCUUGUUCUUUCAUUUGGCAUAAAUUCCUCUGUCUUGACAUUUUGUUUAAGUCUCUGACUUUUACUUUGUGCUGCAAAGUCAAUUAUACUCCUGCCCCUGCAAGUUAUGGCCGUAUGAAGAAGAGGUCAGGUAUUGCCAAUUCAUGGCACUUCACAGGGUGUCUCUGGUAUGUGCUGCAUGUUUUGGUUGCUCUAUCUUUCAGGCCAGUUGUCUGCAGAGUUUUUCCUUGACUACUGUGGGCAGUGUUUGGUCCCCGGCCUGAAUGUGGAGAGUUUUAACUAGAUGUGCUCUGGUCUGUGAAACCUGACAACAACUCCACCAGAACUGAGGCCCUGUAGAACUCUCUGGUUGAGAGAGGUGGUGUGGGCAGGGGUUUGUGCUGGUCUCCUGGGGGAGGGGCCUGCCACACUGGGACUGAGGCAACCUUGACUGAGAAGGGCAGUCCCACCAGCACAUGGGUCAGUAAGGGCGGGGGGACGGGGAGGGCGUUGGUAUAAGCAAGUUAGGCAGCCAGUGUACAGGCUGAGCUGCUUCCCUCAGGUGGCUCUGUGUUUAUGCUGAGGAGCAGGGGAGGGAGAUGGUUCCAGCCAGCUCCUUUGUUCCCAAAGAGGCAUCUGGAGCUUGUGCCUGACAACGUCUUAUCCUAUUUUAUCACCGUCUUGACUCAAGGGAAUAUUUUAACAGUGACAGUACAAUGAGCAAAAGUACAGCUUUCCUAAGCAGACCUUUACAUUUGGCCUUCUUUUUUGAUAUAACUACAUUUAAAUGAUACAUAAAAUUGUAUCAAAACCCGAUUUUGGUUUUUGUGGACCUAGCUUGAUUUGGAGCUCAAAUUAUAUUAGUAGGAUCCAUUGUUUAGCUGUUUUUUUCUAGGUUGAGGCCCCACAUGGUAGACCCCAGCAACUUCAAGCCGAUCCCAAUCCCUAAACCAAUCACUGGUGAUCAGGGGGUAAAGUACAUACUUUGAUUAGACUAGCUCCCAGCUGUAACCCAGGUGUGGAGGUAGGUUAACUUCAAAAAUGGAGCUAAGAGAAGGGGCAUUAUAGUUCUCUAAGGGACAGACUAGAUAAUUUGACAUCAAAAAAUAUCAGGUUACUGCUACAGUGAAUAUAUAUUUACUUAAUUCCCUACCUGAAUUAUAUCUACAAGGAACAAGCAUAAAAUGUAAAGAAAAAUCUUCAUUCACUGAAACUAGACGAAAACCAUGUCUCAUAGCACAAACUCUUGAAGAUACAAUGUUUUGUAUCAUGUAGUGAGGAAGGCAUUGAGCUGGCUUGCCUUGGUAAGAAACUCUGAAGUGUUCCUUUCACCUGCAAGUUACAGAGAUAGAGAUUGGGGAUGAAAGAAGAAAUGGGGAGCUUCCUUCCACCUAGGGUCCAUUUCUCUUUAGGGACAGCCAUUUUUCAUUUCUAAAUGGGCGUGGAGGUAGGGCAAGAUCUGGGAGGUAAGGCCAGGUAGGAGGAAAGUCCCAAAAGGACAAUGUAGGAACCAGCUUUACUGCUGGGGUCCAAAGAAAAGUGCACUAUCAUACGAAACAAAAGGCCUUAAGUAGUGGAACUUUAUAGUGAUUUGUUUUCUCACCUGAGAAGUUGAUUUGUUCCAAAAUUGGAAUUGGUUCGGGCUGGACACUUUAGAAAACUAGCUAUUUCUUUUUAAAAACUUUUAUGUGCCUGGCACUGUUCUAAGCCCUUUACAUAUGUCUACUCAUUUAUAUUUCCUCAACAGCCUGUGAGGUAGAUACUAUCAAUAACCUUGUUCUACAGAUAAGAAAUCCAACGUAGUAAGAGUUCAAGUAACUUUGAGUCACACAGCUCAUAAGCGUUAGAGUCGGAAUUCAAACGUAGGUGGCGGUCUGCCACCUAAUUCACGAGCUUCACGUGGACUACACCUUAUGCAUUUCUGUGCUGCAUUGCAGGAAAAGUAUAUGAAGACAAAGCCCUUAACAAAGAUUCUAAACAAACUUGAACUUCAAUAAUAUAACGUAGCAUUUGUGUUUCUAUAGAAGUAUAAAGAUUAAGAGAAAGAAAGGUAAACUCUCUUGAAAGUAGAGGAAUAUGCUUUGUCUGGAUCCAUAGGAAAUACCUUCACCGAGACAACAAAACAGCUUCAAAUCUCGGGGAGACAAUGAGCAGAGUACCUGGCCUUUUGGACCCAAAUGGCUCACUGAAACAGUCUCUAAGCCUCAAAAACUGCAGUCAUCAAUUUUAUGGAAAUGUUGGACGGAGGGCUGUUGACUUAGGUAUAACUCUAUCUGUUCAGUCAAAUAUAAAGACCUUAAUUGUUGAGGGUCACUAUGUGCCAACCCAGGAAUAUUCUGGAGCUAAUAUUACCAAUAUAUUAUCUUAAAUGAUAAAGUGGCUACAUUGUGAAAAUGUCAUUUUGAAUGAAUAAAAAUACACAUGAAAAGCAAACCAAA